GCCCACUCGGUCUACUACGACCCACGUACGCCCACGGAACCGGAAGCCCUCGGAACCCUCGAUCGGACGUAUAUUACACUACGCUUUUCGUGUUGCCGGUUCGCGGGCGUCACGGUAACACGUUAACAGAAGAGGUUUGGAUGAGUUUGCCACAUGCAAUUCAGCGGAAUGCGACUGGUUUCAAUGGUGCCUGGCUUUCUAUUCGACGCGAAGAAGUGGAUUGUCACAUUCUCCCUUCAUCAGCCAGGUCUUUUAUUAAACCUGGAGAGAGCUUGCUGGCUUGGAAAACUUGGUGGAACGAAUUAGUCGAAGGAAUCAAGUCGAAUAGACUGAGUCCAAUUACUGUGAGAAACGAAAUUCGGGCUCGAUUGCAGGAAAUCUUUCGUCCGGAAUGCACAAUUGAGCUACUUCCAGUUGAGUCGAAGGUCCUUACACUCACAUCUGACGCAUUUCUUCCAACAGGUAAUCCAAUAGGAAGUAACUUUUCAACUUUACUUACUCAUUUGAAUCACUUCACAUCAUUGACUGCGAGCGCAAUCUCACAAGGACUUUAUGACCCAGAUGGACUUGCGGCGCACCACGUCUCUUUUCGAUGGAAACAGUUCGCCUACCAGCUAGCUAUCCAUUGUAUCAAAGAACGGUCGCCAUCCGCUGCAGAGAUGUUCAACUUUGCUCUUCACUAUCUUGGAAUUGUGGAAACGUCAAAUCUGGAUACUUGGCACUGCUUCAUUACGUAUUACGUACGUUUGUUUGCUUGA